AUGCCAGCCCUUGGCACAGAGGCCGAGGUGACGAGACCACCCAGCACCCUCGGGCACACCUCACAGAUACGCCCCACGGGCAGGCCGGCAGGUCUGGGUCCCGGGGCAGAGGCCCUGGUGCCACACCCCCCGCCCCCGGCACCUCUGAGCCCAGGCAUGGAUGCUGCCCCACUCCAGGACCUCCACCUCCCUCCAGACACUGAACCUGCACAGAGAUCAAACUGCCUGGUGUCCAAACUCUCCUUGAGUCUCAAGAAAGGCAGGGAGGAGGCAGUGAGACAGAGGCGGCCGCAGAGGGGACCAAGCGACAGCCGGCUCCCGACGCCCCGGCCCAGCCAGGCCUGCACCUGGGGCGCACAGGAUGCGGGGGUGGGGGUGCCCUGGAGCGCGCAUCCGAGCGGCUCCCAGCCCAGCCAGGCCGUCCAGCGAAGGGAAGGCGCCCCGGACGAGAAGCCACGACACCCCGAGAUGAGAAAGAGCGACCCGGGCAGCCCUGUGCCCCCAGCCAAGGUCGGAAAGCUGGGGCUCUCUGGACCCCAGGAGCCGUCGGGGCUGCCCGCGUCCAAGCUCCCCUGUAUCAGGAAGCUUAACCUGGGCCUUGAUGGGCUUAAAGGGUCCAGGAAGUCUGUAAAGCGGCACGCAAAACGGCGUUUUUGA